AUGGACUCCCCGACACCUAUGUUCUUUGCCAGCAUGAAGGCAAAACAGGUGGACGCCCGCCGCCUCAAGGCUGCUGGGUGACCAAACUUUUCCAGACCAUGUUCAUUCUUGGUCUCCUCUUUCAUUACACCACCCACACAGAUGCUCACCACCACCGCAUCCUCCCCGACGUUUCCAUCGCAUCAAGUCAUCAACACCAUCUCGCGCAACGCCGCCGCGAAAUAAAAGUGCGACGCCAAAACUCCAGCGCCUAGACCGGGAGACAAGACCGACGCUGCUUGCUCCCUCCGCGUCUAGCGCCCGAGAGCCAACUGCCACCCCAUCAACCACUCCAUUGUGUGUGUGUGCCCCGUCACCGUCCAACCAGUGGAUCGCCCAAUUCCCGAACCGCGAACCUGGGCCAAGGCACCAACAAUAAAUCUAUUUCCUCCAACCUCGCCGACGUUCUUUCCUACAUCAUCUUCACUUGCCGCAACAACCAACCUUGGAACCGUUUUGCCCACGCCCAGUUAUCAAUCAGCCGUUAGAUUAUACUCACGAUUUCAGCCUUACGCCAAACAACUCCCGAGCAAUGGCUCCUCACGUUAAGAGCAGCGCUACUCCCAAAGACCGACGAAAGUCGAACGGGGUCGGCGUCUCCGUGGCCAGCUCUAAUGGCGCGUCGUCCAAGGUUGUCACCCUCGCCGUGACACCAAAGAAUCUACGUGCUAUUGUCGAUCCUGGUUAUGUCAAAGAGGACACGCCAGUUCUCAAAGAGACCAACGAUUCACCUGUCGACUCGGCCGUCAUCCCUGCCGUCACGAAUUCGGCUGCUGAGAAUGCGUCCGACUCAAAUGCAAACACUCCCGCGGCUGGUACCCCGGCGCCGCAGUCUGGCCCCAUGGGCCCACCUACUGAUGGGCUGAAGAAGAAGGGCGUUAAGCGGGCGGCAGGUGCUGGCGUGAAUGGCAAUGGUGAGGCCAAGGUUCGGGGCAAGCCGGGCCCUAAGAAGAAGCAGAGGCUAGACGACGGUACCAUCGAGGGCGGCCGAGGCGGCUUGGCUGCGCACAAACUUGGACCCAAGGCUAACAUGGGCGCUAUCAACGCCGGUCUCCGAGCUCUUGAUCGGUCUGGCAAGCCUUGCCGGAAGUGGACCAGAGGCGGAUUCACCCUCAAGAGUUUUACCGGCGUUGUCUGGGAGCUUCCGCGCUGGACCGCGCCGCCUAAGCCACGGCCGGAACUAACGGCAGAGGAACCCACUCCGGUUUCAGCAUCAGCCGCAGGCAGCAGCAAAGAAAACAUCGUUCCGGGCGAGAACGCCCAAGUCAAAAGCGAGUCAAGCAACAACGGGGUGGAUGUCGAGAUGCAGAACGCCCCUAGCUUUGCCGCCGCCAACUCAGCCGCGCCUUCACCGGGACCGACUCCAGCACCAGCACCUGCAUCAGUACCGACAGCCAUUGCCGUAUAGGUAUCUCCGCUUGCAGCUCAAACUUUUCAGUUAAAUACAUGAACGUUGCUGUUGAAGCUUGGCCAUAGUCGGCUGGGCAUCAAGGGUACGGUUGUUAAGAGCAUUCGAGCAUCGCACUGGGAGGAAAAGGAACAGGUUAUGGGGGGGGUAUCCUCCCACAAAAGCUCGUUUGCCCACCGAGGCAGGAAGCAACACUUUUGGCGUUUAUGGCGUGUAAGCAGGGAUGUGGAAGAGUUUUUUUUUUUUCUUAUCCCUUUUCUUUUGUUUUCGUGGGAAUUAGAGGUGUACAUGGCCACAGCGAGGCCCGGAGUUGGCGUUUUGGUAUUAGGGGAUUCUCACGUUUGAUCGACGAGUGUUGCUUACGGGCUUCACUGGCGAGUGUCUUACAGCUUUAAGAUGAGGACAUCGCGACCUUUGUAAGCACCUAUACCCGAGCAUGUAAUUGCUAUUAUCAUUCCGGUAGUAAUUGCGCGGUGUCGCGCUUGAUUUCACCACAUCAUCGUUCUCCCUCAGACGGCUAAUUGUCGUCACGAUGAAC